AUGCACCCCCCCCAACUUGUGUGCAUCGGCGGCUACAACUCUAUGUGGAACCGGCACGAAUUUGUGCUGCAAGAGGGCGAUGCCAGAGGUUGCGAAGAUUCAUCAGAGGUGGUCUGCUCCCUGAGAGGCGCUGAAGCCAGCGAUCGAUGGCGAUGCAUUCUACCUCCCAUGCAGCAGAAACGAGCUGACGUAGCGGUCGUCGGCUCCUCUCCAAAGAUUUUAUUCGCCCUUGGUGGUCGCAAUGGGGAGCAAAGACAUGCCUCUGUUGAGCGGCUAGACUUAGUACAGUGGCAACUCCACGGGCAAGGCUGGGAAAUGAUGCCACCCAUGCUGCAAGACCGUUCUGGUUUAGCUGCUAGUGUGGUCGCAGAGGGCCUUGUUGUAGCGGGUGGCCGUAGCAGCUUGAAAGGUGUGCUGAGGGAUGCUGAAUACUGCGACCUUCGGCAUGCUGGUUCCUUUGUGCCAAUUUCCCCGAUGCAUUCGCCGCGUGAAUAUGCUGCGGCUGCGGCAGUGGGAGAUGAAUUCUGGGUGCUGGGUGGUGGAGAAAAUUGUCGAAGUAGCUCCGUGGAGAUUUGGGACGCUGGUGCCAGCCAUUGGCGACCAGGUCCAGAGAUGAGGGAAAAGCGCUAUGGCGCUAGUGCAGUUUGGCAUCAUGGCCGGCUUUACGUGGUUGGAGGUAGCCAUCACUUCAGAAAACGGAAGCUCUCAGUGCUGGAGUCCCUGGAUCCCAGAGAAGGUCUCUGGGAAUGCUACGACUUGCAAGCGCUUGAUGGGCCGGGGUACCAGUCCUCUCUUUGGGGUACUGGGGUUGCAGCGCUGGAUCAGUCUCUCUAUAUUUGUGGAGGGGCAUUCCGCGAUUUAGAGGAGUCAUUGACCACUGUCUACAGACUCGAUUUGCGGACGAUGCAGCUGAGCAGGCUGAACCGCGAAGCGCCAGGUGCAGCUUGCCUCCUGCAAGUGCCGCGCUGGUGCGGAGGAGCCUGUAUUGUGUGA